CUCCGGCUUCACGAAUCCUGCCCGAGACUACGAGAGGCAGCUAGCGUCGCUCUACCUUGGGGUGAUGGGAGUGUGCUUAAUGCAGGAAACAGCUGUGAAGCCGAUACCAAACCCUCUCGCCUUACUCUUUAAUCCAUUCCAUGCCUUUCGUACGCUUCAGUCUGUUUCGAAAUGAAGAACAACUAACGCGUGAUAACGGAUUGUACCAGAGAACAGCACUGUGCGGAGUUACGAUUUUUUCCUAGAUUUUUACGACAUACGUCAACAGUCAAGAGAUAUUUAAUAGAUAUACUAAGGGUAUACUCAGAUUAAACUCUGCUGGUCCUAGAUUAUAUGGAUUUGUGAAAUUCAAGGAAUUUUGAUAUUAGACAGACUGUUACCUGUUUUAUCCAAGCGUGGUACCUUGCAGUGUUUUAGGAGGUUAUUGCUGUAGUGAGAACCCGCUGGGAUAACUGAAUUCAGUGAUCUUCUUUGGGAAGAGAUUAUAGAGGCAGUGUAGGACGAGCCACGGAGUGUACAUGUAAGAUGGUAUUUGUGGUAUACUCGGGUAUGAAGUCAAUGUGACAGACCGUGACGAACAACGUUUCUGGAUAGGACGACAGCGGAUGAACAUGUCGCAGAAACGCUUCACGCAGGCAAAGGUUGUGAUCCUUGGGGGGCCAGGUGUGGGGAAGACAGCUUUUGCGGUGCGCUACAUUACGCGGCGUUACAUUGGGGAUUACGACGCCAAUAAAGAGAUGAUGUACACGCACAAGAUAGCCGCCCCCCGCGACGAGCUGACCCUGGAGAUCCUCGACACAGCAUCGCUGAUGCCCGAGGAAACUCUGGAAAAACAUCUGAGAUGGGGCGACGGGUUUGUGUUGCUGUAUUCUGUAACAGACCGUCAGAGUUUUCAAGAAGCUACGAAACUAAAAGACUGGCUUUUUAAGGUCAGAGGUCAAGAUACUCCAAUCGUAUUGGUCGCCAAUAAGUCUGACCUACUUACUGCACGUGCAGUGACGGAAGACGAAGGACUUGGAUUGGCGGGAGAAAUGGACUGCCCAAAAUAUGAACUCUCCGUCGCGGAGGGAUUUCAAGCUGUGAAUGAGACAAUGGAGGAACUACUUUGUCAGAUGAAGAGGGAAUUUGUGAAAGGUCUCACUGCUGCCGUUUCCGGCCUCGAGAAACGCUCGCGACUCUACAACAUGAAGAAGGCUUUUAAGAAGAGGAUCGUUAGGAGCAGGAGUGAUACGUUUUGAAGGAAAACAAAGUGCCACCAUUUAUGCAACAGACUUCCUUGGCGCCAUGUGCAAUAAUUCAUAAAUGGAGACUUGAACGGAUUUUGUUUGUAUUUAGGCGUGUAUUUAUGUGUUGGCAAAUUGUGUCAACUGUUAUGUGUUGUUUUAAGUUGCCUGUUUGCUUUUCAGUGUUGAAGACAUGUGAGAAUUGCUGUCUGAUUAAUGGUCGGAUUUUUUACAUACUAAAUCACUACCCCACUGCGGCCAUUUACAUUUUCAUAUCUGUAUUGACUGUUAUCACAGGAAUGUGUACUUUACCGUAAGUGCAUAUCAAAAUUGAUUGUUUGAUCGUCGUAAUCGACGCCUCAUUUUAAGACAAUUCAUUUUUAGGAUUUCUUGGAGAUUUUAUGAGGUUCAAACAACCCUAUUUAGCUAUUCUCACUGAGGGGGAAAAGUCUCACUUUCUCAAUAAUUCACAGAUUCUCAAAGCUUAAGAAACGAAAGAAACUUCUACGAUUCUGACAGUUCCGUAAUUUACGUUCAAUAAUGUGCAAUCAUGUGAAACCUGUACUGAUGGAAAUAAAUACCGGAACACAUGGUUUUAGACACAGUUAAAUAAUAUGCUCUCAUGGGUUCCCAGUCUUAACUACCAAAUGCACGUUGGAAACGAUGCAUACAAACACAUGUCAACAUUUGAUUCUGACGUGUUGAAUUGUAUGCGCUAUUUCAGAUGACAGUAAAGCAUAUUUCCCAAAUAGGUUUCAUUGUUACCUUACUCCUUUCCAUCAGAGGUGAGUUAAAACUUAACGUCGCAUCGGCAUUGUUUCCGCCAUACAGCGACCUUCCAUCAGUAUAUGUACACAUGCAAGUUAACCCAUGUAAUAGAAGGUAGAUGUUUGAGUGUAUGUUGCAGUCAGUAUGGCAUGUACAUACGUGAUUAAUUUAAAGUAAACACGUGUUCAUUGUGUUGUUAUUUAUGUCAAAUUACUAAAAUAGCAUGUACCACUCAGAGCAUAUGUUUUAAUCAAUAUCUAUGUGUAAGGUGUGUUCAGAUUGCAGGUUUCAUCAUGACCCGCUUCACUCGGUAUCAGACGUGUUACACAUGGAAUCAAAAGCCAUUCGUCACCACUCGCCCCUUUCCGUAGCCUGCAAGAAGACUCGCCCCCCUAUCAUGAUUGUUAUGUUCGAAAACGCAACAAACCAAAAACAUGGCGUCAAAUAAUCCCUCAGGAAUAUUUUUUGAUUGUACAUCUGUCUAUACCCAAGAGUACAGUUAAAUGUGUUCAGUCAUUCUGUAUAAUAUGAUAUAAAGUUCCCAUGUGUUUUCAAUAGCAUCUGGAAUAUAUACGAUAUAUGGGGGAAAUAUACGUGAAUCGUUACGCAACUAGUUGACACUUCUUUUAGUUAUGCGCUUAGACGGAACCCAGUCGCAUCAAAAUGUCAACGAGAGGGGUACGAGUCGCUAUUCGGCUUGUCCCGGAAUAACACGAGUUGUCACGAAUGAUCACAAGCGAGUCGAACUGUAAAGAAAGUACGAUGUCAACAUCGGGUAUGACAACGUAAGCUAUAACGACUAGUUGGCUACUGAACUAUUGGGGGAGGGGGGUGAGUGGGGGUGGUACUGUUUGAGAAUCAUAACUAUACACUUUAUACAUGGAAUAAGGUAAAGUAUCACUCUUCUUUCUUCCAAAAGCCCAUAAAUCUUGUUGAAUAUCUACAUAUGAUAGUGAUAUCAUUUUUAAUACCCACAUGUGAUAUUGAUAUCAUUUUGAUAAAUGCGAAGAUACCCACGUCCCCUGCUCGAAAGCUGUACAAGAGCACUGCCAGUUCUUCCCGAUGCUGAGGCAUUCCUUGAUUCCAUGAAACAGAGGAAUCUUGUAAAAGGAUACUCAGCUAAUCAUUGCCAUAAAAACACCUGAAACAUAUGUCAUAAGAAAAUGGAUGUCGGUUUCUGUAUUUUGUUGUGAGUAGGUCCCUUUGUAAACAAAAACAAUUUGUUUCUUCAGAAAUUAACACAGGAUACGAUUUCCCCCAAUGGCUGUUGAAUAUGGAAAUCUAUAGGAUGACUUGCUUUACGGUUUUCCAGACGUGUAUGUCGAGAGGCAGCGAAAUACUUGAUGUCAUGAAGUGGGCUUUUACUAACAUAUUGUCAUAGUGACAGAAGAAUUUUUGAAGUAUGGAUUCUAAAACUUUACACAGGUCUAUGAAUGAGGCUUUCUUACAGUUUUGCUAACUUAAUGCAUGUCAUUGGCUAUAUCAAUAUAUAACCGGAGUGUCUACAAACAAUAUGAUUCACUAUUGUACAAUAUUAUUAGGGACGACAUGAGAUUAGUCAUACGAAGUUCUUAUUUUUCUGGAAUUCCAUAUCUUUUCUGACAUAUUGAAUUAUUCGAUAUUUUCAGUUCCAUAUGCACUAUAAUAUGAUAUAUGAAAUAGAUAUACAUGAGGCCAAAUGUAAUCGAUAUUAAUCAUCCAUGUCACAUUACCGCCUCAUGUAAUGCUUAUUAUAAUAUAUUAUAAUAAGAAUUUAAGUAAAAUUCACGACGUGGGAAUUAACCGCGGAUCUGCAUAAAACGUGCAGUCGGUCACUGCAGCACGUGUUGAAGGUUUUGUUCGUGGGCCAGUGAUGCGGAUAGUUAUAGUGCAUGUGUCGGGUCAGUCGCAUUGACGAAUACACGUAGAGCAUGAACUCCACGUGCACCGCGUCACACGCCACCCUCGUCCCCUGUUCAAUGGAGAUGGAUUCUUCCGUUGCGUUUUUUUUUUAAAACUUUUGUUUUGCAGCACACAGAGUUUAACACAGUAUGCUUGACUUCUAACGAACGGUAUGAAACGGGGGUCUGUUUCAAGGGCCCCUGUCUGUAGGCUGUUGAGGCACAACCAGCUAUAUAAUCAGUGUUUUGUCCCAGUGAGUCUCUGUGAACCUGCAUUAACAGGGUGUACAUGGAUAUACUGUGUAACCCUAACAGGAUAGCCCUUCUCAUGUCAAUCUCACUCGCAACAUAAAUCAUAUCUUUUUAAAAAAUAAACGCAUAAAAUGA